AUUGCGAGGUGGCAGCCACAUAAAGGGGGGUGUGGAGGGAGCCCCAGCAGCUGCCCCGCCAUGACCUCCUGGGCCCUCCUGCUCCUUGCCUCGGUGCUCCUGGCCACCCCAGGUCUGACCUUUUCUGGUCUGACACCUGCGGACCAUGACCUGGACAUGGCUGACAGGUGUCAGGAUGAGAAGUUCUUCCGGAUGCUGGCCCAGGAGACCCCCCAGGGUGACCCGGAAUUCAACCCAUGUGCUAUCUGUAGGUGUAUAGUCAGCUGGGUGAAGAACUGCCUGGGCUUGAACCUGAUCCAGAAAGUCAUCAAAAAAGUUGCAGGCCUGUUGUGCUCAGCAUGCCCUUCGGUGGAAAAUAUCUGCAAGUCAUGGAUCACCGAGAUACUGGAUAAAAUCACGUCCACACUGGUGCACCUGGAACCUUCCCGGCACAUCUGUGUGCUGCUCAGGAUGUGCUGCCCUUAUUAGGUCUCUGAACCGCUGGGGCGUCUGACCCCACCCUGGGAGAAGCACAGAUUCUCCACGAAACACCACCUGCUUCUGCCCUCCCCAAUCCAGAGCCAACCCUCCAGUCUGUCUCACCUAACUUCUCAGUGCCUUCCCUGCAGGAGAAUAAAUGUCAUGAAGCUUUUA